AAAAAAAACUUCAAAGAAAAUAUUACGCAUCUCCUAUUCAACCAUGUCUUCUUUUAACCAACUUUUUUGCACUAUCAUAAUCUUGUCUCUGUUCCAAGUCCUGUCAUUUCCAGAUGCCUCUCCCGAAGGGGACCAUACUAUGGUAAGCAAGCUAGUAUAUAUCUUACCCCCAGAUUCUCCCCAUUUUAAUAGCUUAAGAACACCAACAGAAAAAGCUUAUAUUGAAUUAGAGUCUUCCCUUUAUCGUGCAUCAUAUCUAUUGGGAAGGGAUACUGGCAACUUUUUAUGGCAUACCAACGCCGACGUAAAUUUUCAAAUCAUGCCUAAAAUACCCGGGGUUGGCUUUCUGGCCCAUGUCAAAGUUGGAUCUAAAAAUGUGGAUCAAUAUCUCUAUAUGGACACGGGGUCCUCCUUGCUUUGGGUAAAGUGUGGCCCAACCAAAGAUUACACAUGGCCGCUGCCCAUAUAUAUACCAAAUGAAUCUUCAACUUUUCAACUAGAAAGAUGCUUAUAUACUUCGGUGUGUGAUCUUCCCGGUCUUAGUGUAGUUCUUGACUGUCAACGCGGUAACAAGCGUAGUAAAUGUACCUUUUUCAUAAAAUAUGCUAAUAAUGAAAGUGCAUUUGGAGUUCUGGGGAGCGAAACUUUCAAGGUGGGUAGGAGUACGCAGAUUUUGAAAGAUGUAGUAUUCGGUUGUGCGAAUGAGUCAGACAUUGUAGGGAAUGGGAUAUUGGGGCUCUCGCCACGUAGUACCCUUUCUUUUUUAUCACAAAGAAAGGCCUCUAAAUUUGCGUAUUGCAUUGGAAACCUGGACGAUGCAUCUUAUCCCUACAACACAUUAGUGGUAGGGAAUGCAAUUGAUCUUCGGGGAACCAAGACUAAAUUGUAUCUUGCUGGACACUAUAUAAUAAACUUAGAAGGAAUUAUUAUAGGGGAAGAAGCGGUGCAGUUUAAUCCAACAACUUAUAGAAGAAACAUUAAUGAUCACACCGGCGGAAUGAUCAUUGAUUCCGGUUCUACGUACACCUAUUUUCCAUUCGAUUUAUUGUCAAAAGUUGAAUAUGCCAUCAAAAGACAGAUUGAUUCUUACAUGUUCCCAAACUAUGUGUUUUAUCAUGGGUACCCAAGAUUGUGCUACAAUGGCGUUUUGAAAAGAGAUCUACACAACUUUCCAGUGGUGCUUCUUAAAUUCGAAGGUGGUGGAACCAUCACAUUAACAAUUGUUAAUUUGUUUAAGCACAUCAAUGAACAAACCUUUUGCUUGGCAAUAUUACCAACUGAGCUAGCACUCAAUCGUGGAGAUCAAACCAGUGCACAAUCUACUCGCCUCAGUAUUAUGGGCAUCACAAUGCAACAAUAUUUUUAUGUAGCUUUUGAUGUGAGAAGAAUGGAAGUUUCAUUCCUGAGGAUCGAUUGUAGUGAAGUAGGUUCCCUUAUACAUGAUGAAUUAUGAAUGUAUAAUUAAGAAUUAUGAAUUAUUUUUACAUAUUAGUGAUGUAUUAAUUUACUUUAUUUAAUGAUGUGGUGACUAGUUUGAGUUUUAUAUGUGCAUUUAACUCACAAAGAUGUUAACUGAACUUAGUUAUCU